CUCCGUCAUGCUGAAGUCUUUGACGGCCUGCUAACCCAUCUUUCUCCAUACUUACUUACAAAGCCCCACCCCAUCUGGCUGAUUGUUUCUCUUCUUCUUCUUCUCCCUUUCCAUGCCUCGAGGUAUUUAUGCAAGGCGCCUGGGGAACUUUCCAUGGCGCGUCCGCUUCCACAAUGCGUCGAUACCCUCGUCAUAGGAAACGGCCCAUCCGCCCUCAUCCUGUCCUACAUCCUGCAUGGGAACAUACCCUAUUACCGCAAAGAAACACGCCGACACCAUGAUCCCAUUCUAGACCAGAAGCUUCAGAAGAGUGACAAUCUUCUGCGCCUCACCCCCGAUCUGUACGCCCACUUCCUCGCUUCCCUGCGCUACUCCACCCAAGCCCUGCCAGUCAACACCCUCCUCGACACCCUCAUUCGUCCCAACGCAGACACUGAGAUUAACCCGACCUCAUGUGUUGAAUGGCGCUACGAGCCUGAAAAGGCUAUCCCACACGUCGUAAUUGGCGAUACCCCCCAGCCUGGUGGUCAGUGGGCUGAGACCCCGGUCUCUGCGAGCGAUGCCAUAGGCACAUUGAGCUAUGCGGAGCAGCUGAGCCUGCCUGGUUACUCUUAUGCAGACCAUCUGGCAACAAAGCAAAUAUCGGAUGAAUGCGACUUCGUCCGUCCAACCCGCUCCGAGGUUGCCGACUAUCUGUGUGCCUAUCCAAAGGCUGUGGGUAUUUCGGAUACCAUUUACACCAAUACACGAGCAGACAAUCUCUAUAGAGAUGAAAGUGGAUUCGUGGUUGGGUCGCUGGGCAUACGAUGUCGCCAUCUUGUACUAGCUUCUGGCAUUUUCACAGUCAAUAUCCCACCACCGCCGUUACUCGAGCCAGUCACGCGGCUCGACGCACCAAGCAAACCGCUUCUGGUCAUUGGUUCCGGAUUCUCUGCGGCGGAUGCCAUCAUAUCCGCACCCCUGGACCGCAAAGUGAUUCACAUUUACCACUGGGCUCCCGAGACACGCCCGUCGCCUUUGCGAAGCUGCCAUCAUAGCGCAUACCCCGAAUAUGCGGCCAUCUAUAGGCAGAUGAAGUUGGCCGCAAUCUCGGAUCACAAGAAGGCAUCUACAAACUCGUCGCUUCGCCGUCGCAAGUCAACUGCACCCUCUAGCCAACGCAAUUGGUCAUCGUUUUACAAAGGGCUUCCAAAUGCCCGAGUAAUUGAUGUAUCUCUCUCAGACUCCGCGGGCUCGGCGAUUGCGACUAUUCGGCUUGCUUCAGGCGAUGAAACGAAAUGCGAGGUCGGCGGUCUUGCGUAUGUCGUUGGACGACGUGGAACUCUUGAUUUUCUCUCUGCGGCCCUCCGCUCUGAGAUCAUGGACCUUCAAAGUGUCACAUCAACAACAGACCUGUCUCCCCCGCCCACACUGAUAUCCGGUCGCACCCUGCGUGGCAAAGCAGAAGCCUCUCUCGAAGUCGCCAAACAUGUCUUCAUCAUUGGCAGCUUGGCAGGCGACUCCCUCAUCCGCCAUGCAGUGGGCGGCUGUGUCUUUACUGCUGGCCGAAUUAUGCACGUCAUCCCAACCACAUACUCUCCUCCUUCCACUGUUCCAACGUCUCCAAUGUCCACAUCACGGUCAAUUUCACCCCCUCCCGAUUCAGAGCGCAGUUCCGAGUCCUCGCCUACAUCAGGCAUCGAAGACGGCCACAGGGUCAUUGCAAAUGGCCACGAGGAUCUGCAUCUGGACAGGAGGAAGUUAGCGCGCGCGGUCGAGGUUGCUAGUGCGGAGAACAAGUUCUGGGUGUGUUCUGGGUGGUGGGCUGGUGGGCUUGGACCAGGCUCGCUCGCAGAUGUGGAUUCGUAACGUCAGAGUCCUGUACGUGCAAUCGUUAUUCUUUGGAGAGAUGUUGUAAAUAUGAUUAGAAUCGGUGGACGUUUUGGCCCUGUAUAUACAUGAGCGCAUGGGCAGCAUAUUUCGUAGACAUUUCUCGCAUAUCUAGAAUCCCGUCUAGAAAUACAAAUGACGGUGCGAAGUACGAACAACACACUGCAUUACUCGAAUUCAGCACAUAUUCUA